AUGAUUUAUAUACAUCCAAAGAAAAUCAUAAUAUACUUGAAUAUUAUUCAAAUAUCUAUUCAUAAAUUCAAUUCGAGAUUACAUUAACACAGUUAAUGUGUACAUGUGUACUGGUGUUUGUCGGCUGUUAAACUGCGUCUUAGUUAUAAACAAUGUCCGAUUCCGAUCGACGAAACAAUCGUUUCGGAAGCGUCGCGAGGAUAUUAUCAACCGUCAUAUUAUUCACUGUUGCCGCGACAUUCGUGUGGGUCCGGUCAGAUCGGGUGACUGUCAAAGAUUCAGUUCAUCAGACGACUAGCAGUGAACAGGAAUGGGUUUGGACUUCCACGCCGGUAGCGAUUCAAGAACCGACAGGUGAACGAGCGUCGAGACACCGUCCGCAUGCCGAACAAUCACGUGUCACUAUGCGGUCUCAAAACGCUGACGUAUUUCAAGAUAACCGUUUAGAAAUCGGACCGUCCAUGUCUCAAAAUAGAACUCCACUGUUAUUCAUACGGGGAAAAUUAAUAAAAAAAAUUCCUUACUCAACCUAUCACCGUGGUAAUACCAGCACAGCAGUUGAUGAAAAUCUUAACACUUCCGAUACUUCACGAAUUUUGCAUAAAAUGGAUAUCAGACUAAACCACAAGCAAAUAAAUAAUUACGAUUAUCCUAUUAUACAAAUAGACGAACCCAUAGCCGACAAAGAAGUAUUAAGUAAUAAUCAAAAUGCAUAUGAUUUAACUUAUGAUGUGAGUGGUAAAGGUUCAGAAGAAAAUAAAAACUCGAUUGACAGAAUUAGUUGGACAACAUUUUUCAAUAGAUCGGGACAAAUUAUUCCAAGUAGAUUGUGGUUAUUGAAAACACCAGAGAAAAGUGGUAGUUUAGAUCAACUACCUUUUGGAUUAAGGACACAUUACCAGAAUACAAAAGACUUGGAAUACAGGCUUAAACAUAAUGUAAAUAGAGAUCAUAAGAUUCCGGAGCGACAAUUAAUGAAAUCUUUUUCACUGACAAAUGAGUUUGACUUUAAGACUCAGCCUGUACAACAAGAUAGUUUGAUUCUUCAACCCCCUAAUAUCCCUAAUGUAGAAAAUAACAUCUCGAGCUCGCCGCAGAAGACAAUUAUAAAAACCCCAUUAAUAAACGAAAGAAUCUGGCAAAGAAUCAGUUUAAUGGCUUUUAUCAAACUUGUAUUAGUCAAACUGAAAACAAUUGGUUUCAUAAAAAUCUUAUUUCUUAUUCUGUUUAAACUUAAAUUUGUCCUCAUGGUAUUAUUUUUUAAAUUCUUUUCAAUAUUGAAAUUGGUAAAGUUUUCGAUUUUACAAUUAUUGUUUUUUCCACUCGUCGCAUUUAUUUUUCUUAUUACAAUGAAAGCAUUUCCGGCGUAUACACUGUUAAUGAAUACCUUAGACAAUAAUAAUAAUCCGGCCAUUUUCUCUAAUCUCAAUACACCCAUACCAAAUAAUGAAAAAGUAUUAAUUUCUCCCGAAACGAUGUCUCUUAUUGAAACAUUACCCUUUCCUUCAAGUGAAACCAUACUUAUUCCUUCAAGUGAAACAAUACUUAUUCCUUCAGGUGAAACAAUACUUAUUCCUUCAAGUGAUGCUACACUUAUACCGUCAAAUAAUUUACUGCUUCCUGCAGCUCCUACCAUUCCGGGUCGAUCACCAAUACAAAUUAUUCCUAAUUCAAACAUUCCAUUUGGUGUUGAUAACAUUAAUUUUCUCGGUGGACUGCAAUAUGAGCCAUUAGAAGUUUUAGAUCCUCAUUUAGACUUAUUCCAAAAUGAAUUAAAUUCUGAAACAUGUGUCGAAAGAAUAGCUUGUAAAAUUGCUGCGACUGGAAAAACUGGAAUCAUACCUAUGUGGAUUAAUCGGAUCUUACAUGAAGUAUCACGACCUGUUCCUAACGAACAAUUAUUAUAUUAUCUCAAAGCAUAUGAUGAUGUAAUUAAUGAAAUUCAAACGAAAUCACCAAAUCCAGAUAAUUGGGAAACUUGGUGCUUUGAACGUUAUGACUGCAGUAAUACAGAUAACAGAUAAUAAUAUUAUUUUUGUUUGAAGAUUGUUUUUAUUUUAAAAAUAUGUAUUUAUCAAAAUUAUAAUUUAUACAGAAAUAUUAAAU